GAUCAUGGUGCGUCUCGAAUCGUCUACUGCCAAAAUGCUCUCCGGCUAUCUGGGAACAGCAUUGUUGGUGGCCGGUUUCACCCAGGCCACCGCCGGAGUCGUCUGCGACUCCAGAAAGUUCGAUGCGGCUUCAGACGACAUAUCUUUUUUCGGCGAGGGGCCGACAAUGGCGAUUGAGGCCACUCGUCUCAAAGCCAAAUGCGCGAGCGAGACUCAAUCGCUAAAGGUGGUUCAGGACUACGCCGAUAGAUGUGUCCAAGGCACGAGCAAGGGUAUUUUGCAGAUUUUCAUUGAUGGGGCUGCCACAAAUAUCGAAAAACACUGCAUGGACGAUCGCUACAAGUCGAAGUUCGUUCGAUUGACACCGUGUUUGAACCGAAAUGCUGGUGCUGGAAUCCACAAGUGCAAUCGAGACUUCGCCGGAAUGAUUCGGAGCAUCGCACUCAAACCAACUAAAAUUCGUAUCCCGCUCAGCUGCUGCUCCAUGAACGAGUACAUGAACUGCGUUUUGAAGCACGCGGCGAAAUGCGGCCCGGAAACCAAGGAAUUCGCGAGCUCAAUCAUAGAGGGCUAUGCUGGAGACCUCCUAGACACUGUUUGCGUGAAAUAUAAGCCCGGCUCUAAAGAAUGCAGAAGUCUGCCUAAGGUCACUCCCAGCACCUCUCUGAGGCUUAAGAGCGUUCUAUUCCAUCUGUCUGAGGCUUUCAAUGGUCGCCCCUGAGGCACUGUCAUUCAUCCACACGACCCGAAUCGACUGAUAUCGAUACCGUCGACCGCGCUCGAGAUGACCAAUAUUUUGUUUGUGUUUGUUUGCUCGUUUUCACUGCAUUGAUGAACUUCCCUUUGAUGAGUCGACCUACACAUGGUGCUGAGCCCACAAUAAUUCUGCAAUAAAGUUCACGGUCAUUGAAAACGGAAAU